AUGUCGAUGGCAACAGUUGCAAGCAUUAGUACUGUGAGUGCUAGUUUUUGUUAUAGCAAAUCAAGAAUUGGAGGGGUGAAGCCAAACGGUGCAGCUGUGAGGCCAAGAAGUUUGGUGGUGGUAAGAGCAGAAGCUCAAGCAAUAAACCCUGAAAUUAGAAAGAACGAAGAGAAGGUGGUGGACUCUGUUUUGGUUGCUGAACUCUCCAAACCACUCACUGCUUAUUGCAGAUGCUGGAGGUCAGGGACUUUUCCACUGUGUGAUGGAAGCCAUGUGAAGCACAACAAAGCUACUGGAGACAAUGUUGGGCCUUUGCUCUUGAAGAAGCAGAAAGAGUAA